GCAGGCGCUGCCCGGAGUCCCCCGUCCUGCUGAAAGGGUCGUUUGGAAGGUGCUCCUCGGUUUCGGGGGUGGCACCGCAGGAGGGAAGAGCCGCUCACAAGUGACUUGUUUACCUGAAAUAGGGAGGAAGGUAUGCUUCAGCCACUGCAGAGAAGGAGCAGUACCAAGUUGGAAAGAUCAGCAGUAAACAAAGGCAGAGUGAAGAAUUUGCCACGUCGUGACUAAAGGUAGAAGGAAAAAAAAACCAAAACCUGCAAGGAGAUCAGCCCAGCAGCAGAUCAUCCACAUUUGUGGAAUCCAGAGGCUUUGGGGGAUCUUUGUUACACAUCCAGAAGAACAAAUAACGCUGUCACACGUACAUCAUUGUGUCACCUGCAGUCUGGUGCCAGCUCUGGUGUAGAUGGCUCAGCUUCCUCCUGGGAUUCGUUUCAUCACUUCAUUCUCACGAGAUCAGUGGUAUAGAGCUUUCAUUUUCUCUCUCACUUUCCUGCUGUAUGCCAGCUUCCAUCUAUCAAGGAAACCUAUCAGCAUAGUGAAGGGAGAGCUGCAUAAGCAUUGUGCAAGUCAAGUUGAACUUGACUCCUACAAAGAAUAUGCUGCCCAGAUCCAGCCUGUCAAAAAGCCAUUUAAUGCCUCUCAGUGUGGAUGGGAGCCAUUUGAUAAGAGCAACUACAAACAGCUACUGGGAGCACUGGAUUACUCAUUUUUGUGUGCAUAUGCAGUUGGAAUGUAUUUAAGUGGACUCAUCGGAGAGCGGCUGCCCAUCCGGUACUAUCUGACAGGGGGGAUGCUCGCCAGUGGCCUCUUCACUGCCAUGUUUGGACUGGGUUAUUUCUAUAAUGUGCAUAAUCUCUGGUUUUACAUAAUGGCCCAGAUAGCUAAUGGGUUGGUGCAAACCACUGGCUGGCCGAGUGUGGUUACAUGUAUUGGCAACUGGUUUGGAAAAGGAAGGAGAGGUUUGAUCAUGGGAGUCUGGAAUUCACACACUUCAGUGGGGAAUAUCCUGGGAUCCUUGAUUGCUGCUUACUGGGUGUCCACGUGCUGGGGCCUCUCCUUUGUGGUGCCUGGGGUCGUCGUGGCUGUCAUGGGGGUUGUUUGUUUCCUGUUCCUUAUUGAACAUCCUAAAGAUAUCAGUUGCUCCUGCACACCAUCCAGUAGUUCUAAAACAUUCUUGAACGGUGCCUCUCGGUGCAGAAUCCAGAUGCCAACUUUAAAUGCUAAGGAAAAUGGCAAACCUCAGGAUCCAGAGGUGCAGCAUUUGCUCACUGACAGUGAGAGCUGCAGCGUGUCCCUGAGCUCCAGCACUGUGGCCACUGGGGAAGGAAGGCAUGGGACAUCAGCCAUCAGCUUCCUUGGGGCCCUGAGGAUACCUGGAGUUGUGGAGUUCUCCCUUUGUCUCCUGUUUGCAAAGCUGGUGAGCUACACUUUCCUCUUCUGGCUUCCCCUCUACAUCACAAAUGUAGAGCAUCUUGAUGCCAAAAGAGCUGGGGACCUUUCUACACUGUUUGAUGUGGGUGGGAUCUUUGGUGGGAUUUUGGCAGGUCUCAUUUCAGACAGGCUGGAGAAGAGAGCAUCAACCUGCGGAAUGAUGUUGCUGCUUGCAGCACCCACACUAUACAUGUUCUCUGCAGUCAGUAAAAUGGGCCUUGAGGCUACUGUAGUGAUGCUCCUUAUCAGUGGUGCCCUGGUGAAUGGCCCUUAUGCCCUGAUCACCACUGCUGUCUCUGCUGACUUGGGAACCCACAAAAGCCUGAAAGGGAAUGCAAGAGCCCUGUCCACAGUGACGGCCAUCAUCGACGGGACGGGCUCUGUGGGUGCAGCUUUGGGGCCUCUCCUGGCUGGCCUUAUUUCCCCUUCAGGCUGGAACAACGUGUUUUACAUGCUCAUGGUGGCAGAUGCAUGUGCCUUGCUACUCUUACUCCGUCUUAUCCAGAAGGAACUUCAGUGUCAUGCAGAUCACAGCCUGUUCAAAGAACACUGAGCUAUGAGACCAGAGCUGGGAUAAGCAGUGUGCCCAUGGAUGGAGCUCUUCCCUGAAAACCAAACACCUUGUUCUGUAUUUAAAGAGUCUCAGUGUGGUGAAGAGCCUUGCAGGAUUGCUGGAAGCAGCUGGUAGAUCCCUGAAGCUCUGAUUUUUGCACAUGAAUAAGUACCUCAGGAUGGCAAACUGUUCACCAGAUGAAGAGAUGGGGACUUGGGGAAGGUUUCAGCAGCACGCCUCGACUGAGCCAAAGAGAAAUACCAAGUGCCUUUUUUAUUUCUUUUGAUAGGAUGUUUUUAAUUGAAACUAUGAACUGUGUAUUUUCCAAAAAUCAAGGCAAAGCUGGAGCAGGAGGAAGUUGAAAUUUUAGCAGUCUGUGGGUGUCAGUGAGCAAAGUAUGUGUCUCUUAUGUCAUCUUGUGUACAUUGAGAGCAUCACUUUCCAGAGGACAAUAUCAGCUGGUUAUUAAGAUGUGCUGCUAUUAGUAUUUGAAGCUGCUCAGACAAUAAUCACCCUGCUGUAUUAUUAGUUUUUAGCUCCAGUACUACUUCCCAAGGACAGCAUCCAGCCUUUUGGUAGGUUAUAAAAUAGAAUUUACUCUUCCUGUGUACUGCAGUUAGCAGUCUUCACAGAUCCUCUGGAUGGAUGUUAGUCCUCCAUUAGGAUUAUGCAAAAAAAAAGUAGUCCUAAGCAACAAAAAGCAGUUUAUGAGUCAGAAUUUCCAGUGGGGGCCCUAAUGAUUUUUCAGGGCAUUAUAAACCAGUUGUGCAAACAUCAAGGAAUUGUGCUGCUCUGCUAGGCUGGGCUGACAUGAGAGGGGGUUUUUUUGGGGUGGCAGAGAGCUGUGAGCUGUCCUGUGCUUCAGCACCACAGCACUGAGCAGGUGGAGCUGCUUUGGUGCUCACUGGCACAGGGUCUGUGCUGGGUUUCAGUGCUGGUGUGUGCACGUGGAGCUCAUCAUCAGAUCUGGGCCUUAAUAUCCAGGAAUCUCUCUCAAGUGGCUCUGGGUUUCAGAUUUGUAGCCAAAAUAUCAGAGAAGGAAAAUUACCUGUGUGGGUGGUAGUUUGUAAGAGAACAUUUGAGUACCUAGUGCUACCCAGAAAAUAGAUGGUUUGAUGUCUUCAGAACAUAUCAGUUCUGUGUACAGCUGUCUGCUUUGCAAACAGAAUGUUUCUGUGAUUUUUUUUUUUUUAAGAUGUACAAAGUGAAAAGAAAUCUUUUUUUUGUAUGGGGUGUUUAUACUUAGAUCACAAAGAUAAGGUAAUUUAAACUGUGUGUUGUCCUUAACUAUAUUUAUUAAAGCUCUAGGCCUUUGUCUUGCUCUAUGCUCUUAAGUUUUGUGAGAAUGCAAGAGUCUUUACACUUGAUUAGCAAAACACUUUUACAAGCCCUGCAAAAUAUUAAUGAAUGUCCCAUCAGCUGCUGGUAACAAUUUCCAGGGCUGUUUUGUACCUCCUCAGUCUUUGAGUUUUUCACUGGUUUGAUCCAGCAGGUGCUUCAUGCUUGGCCUGAACAGUGUCAGAGUGGGCUCAUUUUUCACUGAUUUGCUGAGCAGAGGUGCAGGGAUGACCUCAGACCCACAGGGACCUAGGGAAGGUGCCAGGUCCUUGCAGGGAGCUCUGGGAGGGUCCUGUCCCUGCACUGACCUGGUUGGAAGAUUGACCUUGCACAUUUUGAGUGAACCAUGGGGAAUACUCAACAUAUGAACUCAGAAAUCUGUGCUGUGCUUGAGCCAUGGUUAAAUGUGGCAGAAUUGUGCAGCAGUGUUCCCUGAAAGGAUUUCCAUCCUUCUGGAAUGGGGGAAAACUGCUCCUGGAAUGUCAAACUGCUCCUCACUCAACCAGGCUGAACCUGGGGCUCUGCUGGAACAGCCCCUGAUGGGGCAAAAAUAACAUUGCAACCCCAAAACAGCUUCAGUGCCUGUGUGGAAAGGGAGAAAUGGAUGGAGGAACACUUAAGCUGGGGAUUCCAAUCCCUUUCCCCAAAAAUAUGUGUAGAGCUUUAUACUGGUUUACUGAAACAGUUCAAACUCUGCUGUGCUCAGAUUUUUGAGAAGCUGUCCCCUGUGGGCUGAAGCCUGAGGUUAAAAAGCUUUUGGUUGUAUUUCUGAAGAUAUUUAAAUGUGUUUUGGGUUUUACUUGUUGGGGCUGCUGCUGUUAUUUAUUUAUUUAUUUGAAUAGCUUUUGCACUGCAGUGACUCGGGUAUGGGGUAAUGACAGAUUACAUUUCAGUUCCUCCAAGCUACAGAUUUGUUGGACAACAAGAUAAAGAUUUGUUUUUCUUUUUCAAAAAACCCUAAAGGUCCCCCAAAUAGUGAAUAAACUGUGUGUUUUGUUAGUAUCAAGUGUCCACAUCCAUUAAUGUGGAAAUGGGCAAGACUGACAAAAUUUUGUAGAUAAAAAUGUGAGUGCCCAGUAGGUACAGCCAAAUUCAAGUGAGACUGCAGGGUUGGUUUGUUGGGGUUUUUUAAUGCUGAUUAUUGUGAAUUUUAUCCAGUCACCAUUCUGUGUUGAAUAAAAAUAGAUUCUAUUCUAAACAGAGAAGUGUUGAAUACUUUGUCUUUUACAUCUCCCUGAAGAAAUGCUCCAUUUGUUGGUUGGAAGGACAGACAUCCCUGCAGGGACUUUUGCCUGAGUCAGGAGCUGAGUGUGGCUCCUGUGGUGACUCUUAAGGUGACUUUUUUUGUUGUGUUUAUGGAACUGACAUGGAAAAGCUUCAUCCUUUCCCUCUGGCUCUGAUCAUCUCCCAACAUUUAUUGUCUGGAUUCUCUUAAAUGUUUGAGGGGUUUUUUGUGCCUCUGCCUGACAUGCAAUGUCCAAACCAUGUGCUGGGGAAAAACUGAUUGGAAAGGAAAGCAACUUCAGAAUUUCUGACCAAAAAUGUGCUCAAGGUGCCUCCUGGGAGUAGGCAAAUAACAGCUGGGAUGUUUUAUAAAAGAAGGGAGACUCAAAUCCCAGUUUCUGUUCUGUCUGAUGGAGAGCAGGAGCCUCCCUUGUGAGCAUCUUCGUGAAAGCCCUGGCUGCUGCUGGACGUGCUGCAGGGGGCCCUGUCUCUGUAGGAUGGGUAUUUACAGGGUGGGGAAAAGGUAAAUAAGUAGCAAGGACAGCAGUGUUGUGUUCCUAAAUUGCUUUGAGAUCCUUCUGCUUGUAAGUUCUGCAAACUCCCUCCGUGCGCCAAGACUUAAUGCUGUCUGUUUUGCUAGUAGGAGAAAUUCCAGAAGGGAUUCUGCCAUUUGUUUGAGGAGAUUAUUGCAUGUGCUUCUGGCAUAACAUGCUUAGAAUAACAGUGGGGAUCCUCCACGUGUGUCUGUGCCAGUGCUGUGCUGCCUCAGACUCUGGCAGAACUCACACCCGGGGUUCUGUGGUUGCUGCUGGAAGGUUUCUGCAGCAACUCAUGCCUGGGGUGCAAAAAGUGCUGCUCAGGAUUAGGCAGGUGCAAAAUGGUGUAAAUUAAAUCAGAGAGUGUUUAGAGCUGUUUGAGGCUGAUGGCUUUCAUGCAGAAUUAAUUUGGGGAAGGUUGGUUACAAUUCCAUCGAGUGAUUCCUGGGAUCAGUCAUGGUGGCAUUUUAUGGCCUGUGUAUUAUGUAAGUGCCUAAAUUAGAUAAUUUCGUGGCUUGUCCCAGUCUCUGAUAGGAUGUUCUGGUUGCUGACCUAUGCCCUCUUCACCUUGGAGCAAGGCUGGCUGGGUUUUGUUGUGCUCUGCUGAAGCAGCCAGGGGAUGGUGGGGACCCGUCCUGCCCGGCUGUCACAGCCUGCAGGGGCUGGGCAGGGGCUGCAGGCACUCCUGGGGGUUGUGUCUGCUGCUCUGGGCACCUUCAGCUGCAUUUGCUGCCUUGCUGAGUUAAAAAUGUGACUGUCAUCCUCAUGGCUGGGCAGAGGGGAAGCAGAGGAUUUAACUGCUGGUAUAAUUCAGUGUCCAGUGACCUUAAGUGCUGGGUUUUGUGUCUCACUGCCUAAGAGUUUAAUAAACUGGGUUGUUGUAAAGUGUUAGUUGUUUUCUCCUUUGUCUCUCUUCUUUUGGUUAUUUUUCCAGUUUGGAAUAAGGAGAUAAU